GGCAAACCCUCCCCCCCGCUUCAGUAAUGGCAGUAUAACUAAACCUCCACGUUCAACGUGAACGACACAAUAAACAAACGUGUAAUAAACUAAAUAUAAGCACACCAGCUCUUCAAAAAGCAUUAUUCCAGGUCACAAUGAGCGUGGGUUUCAUCGGAGCGGGUCAGUUGGCUCACGCGCUGGUGAAGGGCUUCACGGCGGCAGGUGUGAUCGCCACACACAGGAUAACAGCCAGCUCUCCAGACACAGACCUGCCGACUGUCAUCGGGCUGAGAAAAAUGGGAGCAUACUUCACCACCAGCAAUAAAGAGACCGUGAACAAGAGUGAUGUUCUGUUCCUUGCCGUCAAGCCUCACAUCAUUCCCUUCGUUCUGGACGAGAUCGGGCCGGACAUCGAAGACCGUCAUCUCAUCGUGUCCUGUGCAGCAGGAGUGACCAUCAGCUCCAUAGAGAAGAAAUUGCUGCAGUACCGCCCGGCCCCGAAAGUAAUCCGCUGUAUGACCAACACCCCAGUGGUGGUGCGUGAAGGGGCCACGGUGUACGCCACAGGCACCCACGCACAGGUGGAGGAGGGGAAGCUCCUGGAGCAGCUGAUGGCCAGUGUGGGCUACUGCACAGAGGUGGAAGAGGACCUGAUUGAUGCCGUCACUGGCCUCAGUGGCAGCGGCCCAGCCUAUGCUUUCCUAGCUGUUGACGCUCUCGCCGACGGAGGCGUAAAGAUGGGACUCCCCAGAAGACUGGCUGUGCGACUGGGAGCUCAGGCCCUGCUUGGGGCGGCAAAAAUGCUCCUGGAGUCCGAGCAGCACCCGGGACAGUUGAAAGACAACGUGGCUUCGCCUGGAGGUGCUACGAUCCACGCUUUGCAUGUCAUGGAAAGCGGCGGCUUCCGUAGCCUCCUGAUCAACGCCGUGGAGGCGUCGUGCAUUAGAACGAGGGAGCUUCAGCACUUGGCUGACCAGGAGAAGAUUUCUCCCGCUGCCAUAAAGAAGACGACUCUGGACAAGGUGCUUCAGCAGCCGGGGGUGACGGCAGCAGGGGUCGGGGUCAGGACCGGACUCAGCCUCUUUAACAGCGGCACCUCCAAACACAAGAAAAACUGAACCUCUUCACACCGAGGAUGAAACCACUCCAAGAAUUCCAGAUAAGACGCUAAAAUACCAAAAAUACUUUCACUUUUCUUAUAAACUGGUUAAUGGGCUUUUUAUAUAACUUGCACAACGUUCUCACUUUUCUAUAUUGCGCUUUUGUCUUAGGCUAAUUUGGACCAACUCUAUGCAGUAGUUUCUCUUGAUAUACACUGUAAACUAUACACUGUCUAGAAUUAUUAAACUGUGUCUGAAAUA